AUGAGGCUGAGGUGUCGGACUUCCUCAUUUAUCUUUUUGCUACUGUCUUUGUUUCACCACUGCUUUUCAACGGUUAUUUGUAAGCCAAAAGAACUCGAGAAAUCACGAUGGAUUGUCCCAGCAAAGUCAUCGAAUGACUUGGAUUUAUACGUUCAUCGAGGGCUGGAAUAUAACCCUUCAAGAGCCUUCAGUGACAUUUUGUUAUUACUAAACCUUACUGAUAGCGAUACGUACGAUCUUUAUAAGGGUGACAACUGCAGUGUCGUAGAAAAUGACUACCUCGCCGAUAAUCGUAUGUUCGGUCUACUAAAAGGAGUCAAUCUAUGGAAGAGUCAUUACUUGAAUGUGUUCAAUGACACAGUUGUUGGAGUCGUGACACAACUUCCAUACAGCGUACAAGCUAAAGUUUUGAAUGUCAACUACAUUCGUUUUGGUGCUUUUGUAGCUGGUAUAUUAUUAUUUCUCUUUGCUCGAAGUCUAGCCAGAAAUGCGCUCUUUUUCUAUGGAACUGGUUGUUCCUUUGGCUUACUUGCUUCUCUACUUAUCAUUGUAUUUGUUCUAUACAGAUUUGCUCCAAAGAAGUUGAUAGGUUUACCAAUCCUUGUUGGUGGAUGGUCACUAGCAAUGUACAUGUUGCAUUUCGCUUGGAAAAAUUUCGCAUCUCUCGCAGCACAAUAUCAGAAAUAUUUUGUUGCGUAUGUCGCUACUGUCACAUUGAUCUCUUUGGCUGUCUGCUACAAAAAGGGCCCACCAAAGGAUGCACGAUCAUUGGAUCUUGCCCAGUGGGCAAUGCAAGCUGUGGCUCUUUUGCUCAUCUACGCGUCGUCCCAGGUUCAAGAAGUUUCAGUGGGGGUCAUCGCACUCCUUCUCCUGCAUCAGUUCACAAGAUCUUGGCUAGGUUCAUUUCUUCGAGGCAUUGGUGCAGUUGUUGGGUACUUCUGGAGAAAGCUAUUCCCUCCAAGGCGACGUCUGCUGACUAGGGAAGAGUAUGAAAAAGAGGGAAGAGAGACUACAAAGCGAGAAUUAGAAAAGCUACGGCAGUACUGUCGCAGUCCUGAUGCCGAUGUGUGGAAAAUCACUAGCAAAGUCAAUGAUCCGAGGAGGUUUGCCCGCUUCAUUGAUGGUAAAGAGCAGCAUGUGCUGGAAGAAGAAGAGGAGAUGUACGAAUCAGACGCAGAAUAUCUGGAUCGCGAUGAAGAAGAAGAUGAUGAUGAUAUCGGAGAAGAUUCGGAUAGUCAUAAUCAAAGAAGCAGACAGUAUUCCAGUCAACAGUAUCAUGACGAGGAUGAUGGUGGUGAUUGGGAAGAAGAAGUGGUCAUCAGGCGAACACCUCGAAAUCGACCCGAAAACGUUGUUGUAUUCAAGAAAUCUUCAUCCAAGCGACCUGAUUUAUCUACCCCAAAUGGAUCGAAAUGGAAGGAGUACACACCUCGAGCAAAUACUUCCUACUACCGAGAUAGCCCUCGUUCUCAGAAUUCUUCUCGUUAUACUUCACCGAUGUCAGCAAAUAAGCGCUAUCAGAAAGGAUUGAUGAGAGAUAGAGACGACAUUGAAUAUGAGUCACCUUUUGGUCGAAAGAAUAGGAAGCAAGAGUCAAAGCCAGUGCAAAAGCGAGUUGAAUCGGCCAGCGAGUUUCUCAGCUCCGAUUCUGAUCAAGAUUUACGAGAGGAGGACUUCUAUCCCAGAGGAAAAUUCGACUACGAACGCGAUUGAUCGAAGGUAUUUGGAUAACUAACAGUGUUGUGUGUUUUACUUUUCUAGUGUGUAUUGCUGUAUGAUUUUCUCACUCACUCUGUCUACUUCUCUACUUCGCUACUUGGUACUGUAUUAGUUUUCAGGUAAUGAUUUUUUGCUAAGCUUGCUCUGUUACAUUUCUCAACCUCAUCUUUAUAACAGUGCUUUCUACGAAGCAAAUUUCGCAUAAUGUAAUAUAUACUUCGUUAGUCGUCUCAUAAAAAGUGACAGUGUAAUCAGUCGUAUAUUUAUUUUAAUAAGAAGGCGGAAUGAGGAAGCGCUAAGAAAUAUUAC